AUGAUGAAAUAAUUAAAAAGAGUUAUUAGAUAAUUCUUUAGAAUAGUGUAACAACAAGAGUUGGAUGAAGAAAAAGAUAAUUUUCUGUAUAAGUUUAGAGAAUUAAUUAAAUAAGAGAUAGGUAAUAGAUCAUACUGAGAAUAGUAAAGUUGAAUAAACAGUUGAGUAAGAAGAAUGCUCUUUUGUUAAUAAAAAUUUCAAAUAAAACUAAAAGUAAUCAAGAGAGAGAGUAAAUUAAACGAUUAAUUUGUAAUAGAUUUAAAGGAAUCCAUGACGUCAUAAAAAAUGUCUAUAAGCAUACCUGA